AUGACAUCCACUCCUACUUUACAAAACAUCAGUCUCAAGAUCCACGAUAAUGGCCGAGAUCAUGAUCGCCCUCCUAUAGUUCAGGCUCUACUAGAUUCGAUAUGCUUAAGCAGCACACUUUCAAGCGGCCGGCCGCUCCUCACGCACCUGAACGCAGACACAACAUGGCUCCUUUCCCUACCUCGCCCCGUGUCGGAACAUUCCACACCGAUCCGCGAGCGGAGCAGGGUCUUUUACCAUGUACUGAUUGAUCCAUGGUUACGGGGCGGGCAGAGUGAUGUAGCGAAGUUUUUCAGUCAGCAGUGGCAUGCGCAGGAGAGUGUUAUGCAGAGCAUACGGGAGGUUGAAGACCUAAUAAAGGACGUGGAAGUGAUGGCUGCGGAGAGAUCUUCGACGGAGGGUACCGCAGGGCUGAAUCCGGGCCGCUCAGAAUGUGAGCAGGAGGAUAGAUAUGAAGAAGAUAUGGAUAAUGAGAGUUAUAUCGACGCUGUGGUCAUAAGCCAUGAGUUCACAGACCAUAUGCACAAAGAGACGCUCCUCGAAAUCAAUCCGCGCGUCCCUGUCUUUGCAACUACCAAAGCAGCAUCUGUAAUUCGGUCCUGGAAGCACUCCGAUUUCGUCGCUGAGAUACCGCGGUUUAUGGGGGACUGGCGGGCUUCGUCGAUAGACCCUCUACCGAAAUGGUUGGGCGUAUCAAGAGUCGCGUAUGCCGGGUCUGAUAUGCUUUAUUAUCAUUCUGCAAUCAUGAUUGCCUUUACUAUAUUAGAGAACGAGACUGAGCAGCGGACGGAAGCUGAAGCAAUUAUCUAUACACCUCAUGGCGUUUCUCCCGACGAUGUCGCGCCUGUUGCUAAAGCAGAGCCGUCUAUAAAAACGCUGGCAUUACUCCAUGGUUUGCAGGAUAUCUAUAUCUCUCGCCCAAUAGGCGCGCAACUUAAUAAAGGGGCCCAUAACGGGCUGAAGAUUCAGAGGCUACUGGAUGCAAAGCAUUGGAUUGCCACUCAUGACGAGGUUAAGAAAGGCGGUGAGAUUGUCAGUUGGUUUUUACGGAGGAGGAUCCUUACUCUCCAGGAGGCGGUUGAGAGGGAGAAGUUGGAUAAGGGGAAGGAGUUAAAGGGUGGGGAGUUAGAGGCGAUGGCGGAAGUUAGAUUCAGGGAGUUGGGGAAUGGGGAGAGUUUGAUUUUGGAGUGA